GGAAGUUCCAUCUCUAUAUAUAUUCCGAUGAUCCACGGCAUAUCAUACAAACAUUUCUCACUUCAGCUGAUUCCAGCUCUACUGUUAGUAUACAUUGGCAAUAACGUCACGCAUACGCAAGCCAACACAACAACAAAGAGAGAUCAGUUGGAUCAGUAUGGCAGCAUUGACAGUUGUGUAAUUUUGUUUUUCUACGACAUAUCGAUUCGCCCAGAUAAAUAAACGUUAGCGGAUCGAUCGCAGACAGAUCGUUGCAGGUCAUUCCAUCAGCUAUUUUUCGAAAUGGGAGUGAUAUUCCUCGAACAUAUCGGUGGCAGUCGCCUAUUUUCCUGCGCUUCCUGCGACACCAAUCUCACCAAUAGGUCACAGCUCGUGAGCACACGUUUCACAGGUGCCACGGGACGUGCAUUUCUCUUCAGCAAAGUCGUCAACCUGAAUUAUAGCGAGGUUCAGGAUAGAGUGAUGCUGACGGGUCGUCACAUGGUUCGAGACGUCAGCUGCAAAAACUGUGAUGCUAAGCUUGGGUGGGUGUACGAAUUCGCAACAGACGAGCAACAACGGUACAAGGAAGGUCGUGUUAUCCUGGAACGAGCUCUUGUCACAGAGAGCGACGGAUUGACGGAGCAUAAUGUUCAACAAUAAUGUUUAAUAUUUAAUACAAAGUAGCAUUUAAUAUAUUAAGAAACAAUCUAACAUAGGGAUUCUCAUAUAAGUUAUAAUAAUAUUUAAUCUUGUCAAUUACAAAAGAUUGGUUAGUAUUCGACUUGUUUGUGCAUAAGUAUUGACAACGUUACUUUCUUGUGAUAAGAGACAUCCAACAUUUUCGUGAAUAUGGUAUGGUUUCUAUUUCGUAAAAGGAAAUUUCUCGGAUUCCGACCUUUAUUUUGUCACCCUCUCAGAUUUGCGUCUACAUUUUUCGCAUCAGAUCCUAUUCACGACAAUUGUUGAAUCUAUAAAAGUGUAAACAUCAUUGGUAUUUUC